CUCACAGCGCUGCGGUACGUGAACCAGAAUCACUGCCCGGUCCAGCCAACUGCACAGGAUCAAUGCUAGUGUUCCAUUCAGUGUGUUGUAAGAAGAGCCCCUUCUGUCCAUUUAUUAGUUCCUGACAAUUUACGAGAGGAGCCGUUCCUGUUAACAAAGGGAAAUUGCUGUGAACUUGGCGGUUAAGAGGAUUCCCAUUCACUCGCAGGGAAAUUUUACGAAAAUCAGCACAGUCGCUCUCAGCCAGUCCAGUCCCUGGAACCCCAGACAAAAGCCCAAGGUCAUUCUUCAUGAGGACGUACCAUGGCUCUGACCUGUGGACAGCUAGCAGCUCUGUCAUCUUGACCCCAAACUAUACGCACUGAAGCCUCAAGAAGACCCACUACUACUACAGAAAAGAAAAGGGCUUCCGAGACUGACCGAUUGACCUGUAGAGGAGCUGAAGUUUGACCCGGAGCUCUGACCUGAGAGAGCUUUUUGUUUUUGUUUUUGUUUGUUUGUUUUGUUUGUUUGUUUGUGUUGUGUUUAUCGGGCGUGCGCGUGAGAGGCAUCGCGUCGUCGUCGUCGCCAUGCCGAUCCUGAAGCAGCUGGUGUCCGGCUCGUCGCAGUCCAAGCGGCGCUCGCGCGCCGACCUCACGCCGGAGAUGAUCAGCGCGCCGCUCGGCGACUUCCGCCACACCAUGCACGUGGGCCGCGGCGGCGACACCUUCGGCGACACCUCCUUCCUGGCCAGCCGCUCGGGCGAGCCCCCCCGCCCUGACCCCCAGUACCACCCCCACCACCACCACGCCUCCUCCACCCUCCAGCAGCCCCCCCAGCACCAGCCCCCACCGCCCCCCCUGCCGGACUCCCCCGUCCACAAGCCCGGCCUGCUGUCCAGGACCUUCCGCAGCAGCAAGCGCUCGCAGUCGGUCAACCGCGCCGACAAGCACAAGACGGCGUCGGCGUCGUCCAUCACGGUGGCCUCCAUGGCGCCCGGAGGAGGGGGGGGCGGCUCGCCCGCGCACGUCAAGACGGCCAUCUCCAUGCCGUACCUGAACGAGGCCGGCGGCGGCGUCGCGAUGUCCAAGAGCGCCUCGUCCAGCCCGCUGAAGAAGAUCGGCGCCGACGGAGACGCGGUGGACGGCUGGAAGCCGGCCAACGGCGCGGCGGCCACCGGAGGAGGAGGGGUCACUCUGGCGUCCCACGAGCCGGACCUCCUGGAGAGCGAGCGGCGUUUCGGCGAGCUGAGCGACCUCCCGCCGUCCCUGCCCCGCGGCGGCGGCGGUUUCGGGGGCAUGAAGCACGCCGAGUCCAUCAUGUCCUUCCACAUCGACCUGGGCCCGUCCAUGCUGGGCGACAUCCUCAGCGUGAUGGACAAGCCCGGCUGGGAGGAGGACGACCUCGGCUACGAGGAGGGCCGCCCCUCGUCCCCCCUCAGCCCCCCCGAGGACAGCGGCGACCACGACAACGGCGACCGUGACAACGACGACGACGACGACGACGACGCCCCGUCCCCCCCGCCCCCCUCCAGGCCCCCUCGGUCCACCUCGACCGCCCCCUACACCCCCGAGCUCCGCAACAACAACAACAACAUCGCCGGAGUGACCCGACCCUCCAACCACCUCCACCACACGGACAGCUGCUCGGUGUCCAGCUCCGGCUCCACGGUCCAGGAGGACAAGAUGUCGGCGCACGGCGGCCAGUACCACCACCACAGCAGCCACCGGCACGGCAACCAGAGCGAGACGGACGGCGACAGCGCCCGCUACAGCUCGCCGGGACGGACACGCGACGAGGAGGACCGGGACUUCUCCUUCAUGGACGACGAAGAGGACGAGGACGAAAUCCGAGUGUAAACGCAGGAGGCGUGUGUGUGUGUGUGUGUGGGUGUGUGUGUGGGUGUGUGUGUGUGUGUGGGGGGGAAGGAAAGGGAUGUGUUUGAGAGGAAUGGAGAGAGAGAGAGAGGGGGGGGGGUGAUGGAGGUGAAAAGGAAGACGACUGGUCUGGACAUGGACGUGCUGGGACUGAGGGAUCUGCUGCUGCUGUGUCCGACAGAAACGUCACACUCGACUGGACACAAGAGACUCAACACACUUCCCGUUCAACCACCGUGUGUGGAUUAUAAACGCUACCAACCUGCUUAUUCAACUCUUGUGUCUUACCGUCAUCACUGCAGCCAGGACUGGAACUCUGUGUGUGUGUGUGGGCAUGUGUGUUUGCACAUGUGUGUGUGGGCAUGUGUGUUUGCACAUGUGUGUGGGCAUGAGUGUUUGUGCUUAUUUCCUUGUGCAAAUGUGUGACUGUUCUGUUUGCAUGUGUCUCCGUAGGAGAGAAAGCAGGCUGAGAAAAAUAGAUGAUGUAGCUGUAAUGUUAAUCCACUUUAAAUGGACACAGUAAUGUCCACUCCUUUUGAGGUUCUUUUUUUCUUUUCCUUUCUUUUCUUUUUCCUCCAUUUCCUCAUUGACCUUCAGUGUUGAUCACUGACUCUGACUGGAGUGAUUGCAGAAACCCCUAUGGAGCUCACCAUAGACAUUAUCACCCCCCGCAAUCCCACAAUCCCCCUCUCUCCACAACUCCUCAUCUCUAUGGUCUCCCUCCUGGCCAAUGGGAUCCUGGCCAAACCACAGCAAACAGCCGUUGACACCUGCCAACUCCCUCGUGGCUUUAUGAGGAUUAACACCUCAUAGAGGCCAUCCCAUAAUGGUUCCCUUUCUAUGCUCCUCCUCUCUGGUCUAUGCUCUGUUUCUAUUGGCUGAUGGGCGCCCAGCCAGGAAGUCCAUUAACACACCUCCGUGGCUCCAUUGGAGGGAGGACCUCCGAAGCAAUCCCACAAUCCUCUGCUUCACACUCCCACCUUCUCACCAGUAUGUUGUCUUGCUCUCGCCAAAGGAAGGCACAUUAAACCACACACACACACACACACACACACGGCCCAAAUAGGAGUUAAGUCACUGGACUCUUCCUCUGAGAAGCCUGGCGAGUUUAUGUGGCGGUCAUGUCACACACACACACAUCACAUGAGUAGGAUUUCCUCGGCGUGUGUGUGUGGGCAGUCCAGGGCACCGGAGGAGGAAAUGGGAGAGAAAGUGGAUGGAGGUCACCACUGGGCUACUCGUGUGUGUGUGUGUGUGUGUGUGUGUGUGUGUGUGUGUGUGUGUGUGUGUGUGUGUGUGUGUGUGUGUGUGUGUGUGUGUGUGUGUGUGUGUGUGUGUGUGUGUGUGUGUGUGUGUGUGUGUUGUGUGUGCCUGUUCCCUAUUGUCUUACAAAUUCACUUGAGGAUUCCUACUUGUGUCGUAUGUUCAUCUACAUAUCAUUAAUACAAUAAUUUAGUCUAUACUGGGACCUGGAACAGCUCAACUCAUAAACUCUUAACCUAUGAACUUCUGGUCUGCUAAAGAAUUGCACCAUGGGAAAUGAAGUCUUCAGUCACACACAGUCUUAGCAUUUUGAUCAUUUUUUUUUUGGUUUGUUUUUUCUUAUGGAGGACUUCCAGCUCUUUAUGUGUAUGGACAUGGGAAAUUCAGGACACUGCAAAAGUUCUUUGACAAAUACGUGAUUUUGGGGAUCUAUUUCCUUGUUGCUCUAUAGAGACUUGCUAGAGAUUUGCCAAUCAACCCCCUCACCACCACCACCACCCCACCUGAAUGACACUACAACACAACAUGACACUAUAUGGACAAGGAUGCUGCAGUUGUGUGAACCUACAUUAAACACUCCAAAUGCUAUUUUUUUAUACAGAAAAAGCUUGUGGUGUGUGUGUGUGUGUGUGUGUGUGUGUGUGUGUGUGUGUGUGUGUGUGUGUGUGUGUGUGUGUGUGUGUGUGUGUGUGUGUGUGUGUGUGUGUGUGUGUGUGUGUGUGUGUGUGUGUGUGUGUGUGUGUGUGUGUGUGUGUGUGUGUGUGUGUGUGUGUGUGUGUGUGUGUGUGUGUGUGUGUGUGUGUGUGUGUGUGUGUGUGUGUGUGUGUGUGUGUGUGUGUGUGUGUGUGUGUGUGUGUGUAUGUGUGUGUGUUUAUGUGUCUGUAUGCAUGUGUGUGCUUCCAUCUCAGUCUUACACCAACGUGGGUGUGGUCGUAAAACAAGUGGCCUUUCAAAAUAGAUCCUGCUAGAUUGACUAGGAAUCGGAAGUGUGGAUUAUUACCAGAUGUCUUGUGUGUGCAGGAGAGGUGUGUGUAUGUGUGUGUUUACAUGUACUGCACAUUCACAUCUGUGUGUAUUGUUUAAAUCGGUGUAUUGGAAACCUGUAGGUGUGUAGAGAGACUUAGAGUGAGACAGGGGAGGGAGGAUGCCAAGGGAACAAGGUGGUUGCGCAAUGAGUGACUGACCUGGUCCAGAUCUGGCCCUGACGUGGCUCUGAUCCGGUGCGGAGGCGACAGCUCUCCUGAGAGUGGAACCAAGUUGUGAGGUCUGACCUGAAGGCCGCAGUCAGUGGGCAUGAGCCGCUGAGUUGAAUUUGGUGAAACCAUAACAUUAGAACGCUCCAAAAUUCUUUUUCAAGAACUGGAAUGUGGAACUGGAAUGUCCCUGAGUUACAUAAGAAUUCUAAAGUUUCUAAUGGUGUUGGUGAAAAACCCCUCUUUGCUCAUUUCUGCUGAAUCUCAGCUCAAGAGGAGCUUCUGUGUGGAGGCGUUGAGGUUCCAUCACCUGUUCCCUGUGGCCGUGUACCUCCAUUAUGCUGGUGGAAUGGGCUUGAAUUGUCCCGUCCGGAGAUGUUUGGUCUGGUGUCCUGUCAUCGUCGCUAAAUCAGGAAGCUUUUGUCAGCGAGAUGUGAAUGACGAUGUGAAAGCGAGGGAUAGCGGAGAAGUAGAAAUGCUGGAGUUUAUUACGGAGACUGAAACUGUUAAGAGAGCAAACGUGCCAAGUUCUGUGCGGAAUUGUUUGAACUACUUUAUGUUCAGGCAGUGGUUCAUUUAGGUUUAUGAUAAACCCUGUGGUGAUAUCAGUUAACUAGCCAGGAAGGCCAAAAACUGUGGUGUGUGUGUGUGUGUGUGUGUGUGUGUGUGUGUGUGUGUGUGUGUGUGUGUGUGUGUGUGUGUGUGUGUGUGUGUGUGUGUGUGUGUGUGUGUGUGUGUGUGUGUGUGUGUGUGUGUGUGUGUGUGUGUGUGUUAAUGUUGAUAUGUUCCAUUGAAACACAUUAAUGGUAUCCGUUUCUGAAAAGUCUCCAAACAUAUGGAGGCAGUGCUUCUGCAAUACGUGACAUCCACUCCCACCUGUAUGCUAAGCAGUGCGUAGGAGACUGGUCAGGUUCUGGAGAAAUCUGGAAGAUUCUGUGACAUUGCUUUCUUUAUACAGCUGGAGAGUGUUUAUGCUUCCACUUUAGAACACACAGUGGAUUCUUAGAAGGCCUCAGUGUGUGUGAGAACACUCCAGAAUUUACUAGCUUAACGCAGCAACAAGUGCCAUCGAUAGCUACGAGAAAGUAAAUAUUUGUCUGUUUUUUAUUUUUAAACUUCAGUGACCUUGAGAUACAAUGAAGGGCGUCACUGCCAGCUAUCAGGAUUGUGUGUAUCUAUAAGCAAAUUCUCUUGUGUGUGUGUUUCUUUUGCAGAAAUUAAAAACACUUUUGAGACAUGGUGUCUAGGUUAGUGUAGGAAAUGCCACAGUUAUUCAAGCCGACUUGGAGCUGUUUUGUUAUUUUCCCCUUUUCACUCAUUUCACUCCUGUUCUAUAUUAAUAAAUAUUAUAUAUAUGUAUUUACCCUGCCCUCGGUUCACUUUGGAAUAACUGCUAUAUUUUUCAAUAAAACAGAAUGCUGGUAAUC